AUGACAACACAAGCUCCCGAACUCACGACAACCUUCACACCCGACAAGUCAUGCUUCCAGUAUUUCAAAUAUACAUACACAGGAACUGACCGCACGUGUAAAGAGGGAGGCACCGGUACGCCCAGCGCGUGCACAUACCUGCAGUUGGGUCCCUCAGAGAGCGAUGCCGGCUGCUUUCCUAGUAGUUUAGAACUUGGUACAACCUUUUACUACUCCCCCGGUAUAUGUCCCAGUGGAUUCGAAGUUGCGUGCAGUUCGACAUUCGACAACGGCGAGACUAGAGCGACGUGCUGUCCAAGCACUGAUCUCUGCACCCUCUAUAUCCCGAAGACAGUGGAUGUUAUCGUCUCUGAUUCAGUCCUGGGAGGAGAAUGGGAAAGAAAAACUUCCCGUGGACUUGGAGCCAAUGCUAUUGGUAUUCCCAUCCGAUGGCAUUCCUCCGAUUUCGAGUCCACCGCAACUUCGGAUACGACUGCGACUAUGACAGAAACGGAGUCUUCUUCAACCGGCGCAUCGUCUAGUGAAUCUGAGUCAAGCUAUGACGGGUUGAGCGGAGGAGCCAAGAUCGGUAUUGGAGUUGGAAUUGGAGUUGGAGCUCUUCUUGGAAUCGUCGCAUUGAUCUGGUUUGUGCUUCGAGCGAGGAGGUCUAAGCAGGCGAAUAUUGAGCAUACUGAGCCUAAAUCACCUCAGAUGCAGCAGCAACAUGCGCCAUGGGAAAUGGAGCAGCAACAGAGGCCAUUGGAACUUGAUACUCAAGCAGAUAUGCGUCCAGUGGAACUACCAACGGAAAAUGCGACGCAUGAUCGGUAUAAGAAGUAA